AUGCAAGACAACCUGCCAUUGACGGCACCAUCCGAUUCGGGCAAUCCCACGGCUGCCAACCGGCCUAAUUCGGAUUUAUCGACGAGAAUUCCUUCGGUUGUCAUCGACAAUGCUGCCGAGCCUGUGUCCAGGUACCCGGGUGCAACCCGCACCCGCGUACAGCCUUAUCCCGGACCGGUCGCCAGAAGCAACGUUCCUUCUGAGCCCGACGGCUUGGUUCGACCUUUGUCGAAGAAAGAACUACGCAAGAGGGAUGGUCAUAGGUGCAACAAAUGUGGCGAAACCGGACACUGGCAAUGCGACCAUUACUCCUACAAAUGCACCCUAUGCGGCAAGAACGCUCCCGGACACAACUCUGGUUCCAGGUGGUGUCCCGAUUACCGACCAACGCCCCGCAACACUUCACCCGAUCAGUAUGACGCACUCUUGGACGACGGAGACUAUGACGACUACUUAUGGGGAGACGAAGGAGAACACAAUCUGAACACCUGA